AAGAAAAAAGAAAAAAAAAGACCAUGGACUUUUAAAAACCUCAAAUAGUACUACGAACUUAUCAAACUUGAAUUCUCCCACGAACAAAGUAGCUCUCCAGGUUCUUUUUUGUGUUUGCAGCCUGCUGCAGGCUGCAGCAAUGGAGAAGAAACACCCAAAGCUUGUCUUGUUUGUUCUUAUGUUCUUUAUAAUCACCAUAUCUCAACCUAUUUCAUCACUUGAUUUCGUCUUCAAUGGCUUCAACAACUCAACUGAUGUUUUACUCUACGGCAUAGCCGACAUAGAUUCUUCCAACAUCCUUACACUCACGAACGAAACUGAUUUCGUUGUCGGUCGAGGUCUUUACAGCUCAAAAAUCCCAACAAAAUCCCCUAAUUCAUCUCACGUUCUUCCUUUUUCAACCUCUUUUAUCUUCUCCAUGACUCCUUCGAGUAACAAAGAAACCCUACCUGGACAUGGGAUUGUCUUCAUUUUUACACCAAGUCCAGGCAUCGAUGGGACUACCUCGUCACAACAUCUUGGUCUUUUCAACCUUACUAACGAUGGAGACAGUGAUAACCAUGUCUUUGGUGUUGAGUUCGAUGUGUUUUUAAACCAAGAAUUUGAAGACAUGGAUGAUAACCAUGUCGGAAUCGAUGUUAAUUCACUUAAAUCAACAAGCUCCCAUACGGCAGGUUACUGGCCCGACAAUGGAGAUCAGGGUUUUGAGGAACUUAAGCUUAACAGUGGUGAGAACUAUCAGGUUUGGAUUGAAUAUGCUGAUUCGGUUGUUAAUGUAACUAUGGCACCUAUAGGAACCAAAAGGCCUAAACGUCCAUUAUUGAAUGUUUCUUUGGAUUUAUCUGAUGUUUUUGAAGAUGAAAUGUAUGUUGGAUUUACUUCAUCAACUGGUAGAUUGGUUCAAAGUCAUAGGAUUUUAGCUUGGAGUUUCAGUAACUCGAAUUUUCGAUUAAGUGAAAGGUUGAUCACUACUGGUUUACCUUCAUUUAUUAUCCCCAAAACACCAGUUUAUAAGCACAGAUCGUUUAUUGUUGGUGUCACAAUGGGGAGCUUCCUUGUUCUUGUUUUGAUUGCCCUGUUUUCUCUGUUUUUGGUUAAGAAGAAAGCAAGGGAAAGAGCGGCAAUGGAAGAUUGGGAAUUCGAGUAUUGGCCGCAUAAGAUGACAUACAGAGAGAUCGAUGCAGCUACCGAUGGUUUCUCUGAUGAAAACGUGAUUGGUUUCGGGGGAAACGGAAAGGUUCACAAGGGUGUUUUACAAGGAGGAACAGAGAUAGCUGUGAAACGAAUUUCGCACGAAAAUGAUGGCAUGAGAGAGUUUUUGGCCGAGGUUUCGAGUCUCGGUCGGUUAAAGCACAGGAGUUUGGUCAGUUUAAAAGGUUGGUGUAAGAAAGAAAAAGGUACAUUCAUGUUGGUUUAUGAUUAUAUGGAAAAUGGGAGCUUAGACAAGAGGAUAUACUAUGAUUGUGAUGAGACCAAAAUGUUGAAUUAUAAUGAUAGAAUUAGAAUCAUAAAAGAUGUUGCUUCAGCAAUAUUGUAUUUGCAUGAAGGAUGGGAAGCUAAGGUCUUACAUAGGGAUAUUAAAGCAAGCAAUGUAUUGCUUGAUAAGUACAUGAAUGGAAGGUUAGGUGAUUUUGGGUUAGCCCGAAUGCACGGGCAUGGUCAAGUAGCUAGCACAACACGUGUGGUUGGAACCGUGGGUUACUUGGCACCUGAAGUGUUUAGAUGCCAACGAGCAUCGACACGAACCGAUGUGUUCAGUUUUGGGAUCUUAAUCUUAGAGGUCAUGUGUGGGAGGAGACCUGUAGAAGAAGGGAAGCCGGGUUUGGUGAAUUGGGUAUGGGAAUUGAUGAUGCAAAACCAAUUACUCGCCGCGGUCGAUCCACGGUUAAGAACCAAUGAUGAAGAGGUGGAGAAGGUGCUGCAUUUAGGCUUGUUGUGCUCAUAUCCUGACCCAAAUUCAAGACCAACAAUGAGACAAGUAGUUAAAGUGUUGGAGGGGAAGAAUGAGCGUUGUGAAGCAGAAACGGAGGAUAUGGAAGCAUACUUGUUGCACAAGGUGAAGACUAGAGAUAUGUGGAUUAAUUACUCUCGGAAUUUUGGGUAUGCGUUACACCCCACGAUCGAUAAUAUUCGACGGCCACAUUCGUCUUUUAUGUCACUGUCUUGGACCAACAGCAUUGUGGAAGGUAGAUAAUUUUUUAAUCAUUUGUUGGUUUUUUAAUCAUUUGAAGCACAAGCAUGCCUUGGAAGGACUCUGCAAAGAUGAAUCAUUAGGUGGGGGAUUGGGGAUGGGCUUUUUCUUUUGUGAUAUUUAGGCAUGUCAUUGUAUACAUGUAUGUUAAAAGUUUUGAACACACAUUAUUGUGAUGAUUAAAAGAUGAGUUUAUUUUUUUGGAUUA